UCAAUUGUAUUCUUUUGUUUUUAAUUUGUAUGUUUUUAUUUGGUGUUGAGUCCUCAAACACUCUAAUUUGUAUCCAAAUUCUGAUAGCUAUACUAAAUUUGCCGUCUGAUAAGUAAUUUUAGAACAAAAGAAGUUGGGGUCGUUAUUGGUAACUAUGACAUUUAUUCGUUUUUAUUGUCCAAAUUGCCCCUGUGUUCCGUAUCUAAUGGCUGCCAAAGCAAGGAUAGAAUGGUAAAUUAAACCAGCACAGCAGCAGCUACUACAAACUACAAAGUACAAAAUUACAAUCAAAAUUGUGAACAAGUAAGUCACGUUGGUAUAUGACGGUUGCGCUUGUAACUUGGUUGGUCAAUGGAAAGUGAAUAACUUCAGAGGAAUCAUAUUAAGUUGCUCAGGUUCUUGCAGGUAGUUGGAAAUCUCAGGCACACUCUUGGGUCGUCAUGGUUCUUUUCCAAUCGUUUGUGAAUGAAUUGGCACGAAGUGUGUCCAUCAAGAAAGAGAAGAAGUGUCAGAAAGAUGAUGAUGGAAGAAGAGCUGUGAAAGAAAUGGCAAAGGCAGCAAGGAAGAAUGGUUUGUUAUUGAAAUCAUGUGGAGUUGUAAAGUCCACAAAGGCCAACAGCUUUGCUUCUGUGUUCACAAAUAAGGGCCAGAAAGGAGUCAAUCAAGAUCGUGUCCUUGUUUGGGAGGAAUUUGGUUGCCAAGGGGACAUGAUGUUAUGUGGAAUUUUUGAUGGACAUGGCCUUUGGGGACACUUAGUAGCCAAGAGGGUGAGGAAACUAGUACCAGUUUUAUUGCUAUGCAAUUGGCAAAAAAGUGUGGCUGCAACAUCAUCACUUCACUUGGAUUUUAAGAUGGAAUCAGAUGAAUAUAUUCAUGGAUUUGAUUUAUGGAAGCAAUCCUACUUAAAGUCUUAUGCUGCCAUUGAUCAAGAUCUAAAGCAGCACACUGGGAUUGAUUCCUUUCAAAGUGGUACCACAGCUUUGACAAUUAUCAAACAGGGAAAUUAUCUGAUUACAGCAAAUCUAGGUGAUUCUAGAGCUGUGUUGGCAACAACUUCAGAGGAUGGAAAAUUGAUUCCAAUUCAGCUAACAACAGACUUGAAACCAAAUUUACCAGAGGAGGCGAAUCGCAUAAUGGAAUCAGGAGGGGAAGUGUAUUGUAUGGAAGAUGAAAAAGGAGUGUACAGAGCAUGGAUGCCUAAUGGUAGAUCACCAGGGUUUGCAAUUUCAAGAGCUUUUGGUGACCAUUGCAUGAAGGACUUCGGAUUAAUAUCUGUCCCAGAAGUCACACACACAAAACUCACCAAAAGGGAUCAAUUUGUAAUAUUGGCUUCAGAUGGGGUAUGGGAUGUUAUGUCAAAUGAGGAAGCAGUGAAGAUUGUGUAUUCUUCAGGGGGAGAAAGAUCAGCAGAAAGGGUAGUGAAACGUGCAAUCCAUGAAUGGAAACGCAAGAGAAGUAGCAUUGCUAUGGAUGAUAUGUCUGUCAUUUGCCUCUUCUUUCAUUCUCACUCUCUCUCAUCAGCUUCCUCCCACCAACACUAUAAUGUAUAAACUUGUUCAAUUACAAUCACUCAAAUCACACACAACACAAACAAACAGGAAUACAUGUAUGUAUGAUAAUAAUAAAUGUAUUGAUGGACAAUUUACUUAAAUAAAUAGAAUAGCAGAAUCGUUUACCUAA